UUCGUACGCUAGACAAGUUUCCCAUCGUUAAAAAUGAAACAUUUAACGUUGAUAGUCUUAUCACUUUUCCUGACCGGCUGUUGGUCAUAUCAAGUAAUCGGAGAGUUGAGAAAGCAAAUUAACGAUGGAGUCAUCCUCGGACGCUACAUGACAUCCCAAACUGGACGUCAAAUUAGCGGAUUUAUUGGGAUUCCGUUCGCCAGUCCACCGGUCGGCAAUCUACGCUUUCGAGCACCACAAAGAGUAGCACCAUGGAACGGGACUCUUUUAACACAAAACCAGCGAUCGAAAUGUCCUCAAAUUGAUGCGUUAAGGGGUUCCACUGUUGUGGAAGGCAACGAAGAUUGUUUGUACGUAAACGUUUAUGUACCGGAAACUGCUGGUAAUACCAGACUAGACGUCGUUGUAUGGAUUCAUGGAGGGGGUUUCACUUUGGGUGACAGUGGUCCAAACACUUACGGACCAGAUUAUUUACUCGAGCAUGAUAUUAUCCUUGUAGCUGGUAAUUAUCGUCUCGGUGCACUUGGAUUUCUAUCGACUGAAGAUCGCAACAGUCCUGGAAAUUUUGGACUAAAAGAUCAGGCCUUCCUGCUGCAAUGGGUGCAAGAUAACAUUGAACAUUUCGGUGGAAAUAAGGAUUCCGUCACAAUAUGGGGAGAAUCAGCCGGUGCAGCUUCCGUUGCUUAUCAAAUGAUUUCACCGUUAUCACAAGGACUUUUUCACAGAGGCAUUUCAAAUAGUGGAGGAUUAGUUGGGCCUGCACGACCAGAUGUUGGUAGAGCACGCGCAACGUCGUUGGCUCAGCUAAUGAGCUGUCCUGUACUUGACGAUACUUCCGCAAUCGUCGAAUGUUUACGACAAGUGUCACCAGAAGACAUGAUUUACUCAGGUGUCUCUUUUCCAAUCGUAGUAGAAUCUUUCGAAUCUGAUGAGCCGGCAUUCAUUGAUCAACGCAACUAUAACAAUCGUUUUUCCGAUUUUGCUGCCAUUCCAUGGUUGGUAGGAAUGAAUAGUGAGGAAAGUCUGUUGAGUUUGGGCGCGGUUGUGGAAAACGAUGCAGCCCUGAGCGUGUUACUAAGUGACUGGGAUUCAAGACUUCCAGCCACAUUCGGUUAUAGCCAUUUGGAUGAAGACUCACGUGUCAAUAUAACAAGACGUAUAAACGAAUUCUAUUUCGGGAAUGAGGCCACGCCAACCCUACAAAUGGAUAGGCAACAGCUCAUGAAUUUGUUCACAGACACAUAUCUAACAUUCGUUGAUUCGGUUCGGCAACGAGUUCAAGAUAUUCGCCAUAGCAGUACGUAUCUGUACUUGUUCACCCACAAAGGGACAGCUAGCUUCAGUAGAACAACACGAUAUCAAGGAACUUCACACGCUGAUGACCUAAUUCCACUGUUCCCACUCCGAAAGACUGUUUUUUACAGUUCGAUCCCUACCAAUGAAGACAGAGAACUGAUUGAAGUCAUGCCUCUUUUGUGGACGAACUUUGCUAAAUUCGGAAAUCCUACGCCCGUUGACGGAACAACCACUCCGAAUUGGCCACCAGUGACCAGCAGUUCUUUUGCAUCCAUGCAGUACAUGCAAAUUGGAAAUGAAAAUGGACGUUUGGAUAAUGAAGUGCUGACAGUAAAAACAGAUUACAAUUCGGCUCGAGCCGAAUUUUGGAUGAGUAUUCGAGAAGAUUACAAUCUUAAUUCGUGGCUUCUUGUAGCUUGAACGUAAAAGCUCCUUGAUUGUUCGGCACAUUUUGUGAAUUUUUUGUGUUUUUGAAAUAAAAUACGUUCAGCUUAUGUAAAUAAAUAGCCAGCCGGCUGAAACGUUU